AUGGUACGCAUACGUAAGGUAAGAUUCAUAACUCGUUCACAACGUGCCGCCUCGGCUGGUAUCAUCAAUGGUGGUAGUGGUGGUGCACCACAGCAGCCCUGUGAUUCAUCAACGUCUGCCUGCAAUUCGCCGAUACCAACAAGCGGCGGCGGUCGUUUAUCACCGACGGUGCCGUCGUUGUCGUCCAUAGCGCCGACAUCCAGAACAUCUCCUUCAUCAUCUUUACAACAACAAACAGAUAUACCUCUGCAUCUUUCACCAAAAUCGCCAACUGCUGCUGCUGACCACAGUGGAAAAACUGAAAACGGUUUUGUUGCUGUCGUUGGUGUUAAAGACGACAUGACCAAUAAUUCUGGCCGUGGCGUCAGUGUCAAACCACCUCCAGUAACAAAAACUCCUGGUGUAGCAGAGGAUAACAACAGCAUCGCAGCGAAAACAACAACAACCCCAUCAGCCACAACAACAAAGAUAAAGAAGAAGUCAAAUGCUGCUGCAUCGGAUUUGAGGAACAACAGUCAACAAAUUCCAUUAAACGAAGGCGAGAGCAAAGCAAAGGCCACAACAACGGCAUCCACGUCCAUUAUAGAGGAGGCCACAAUUCCAGCCACCAGCAGUGGCAGCAAUCCAUCAAAUAAGACUGGGUUAAAUACUCCAGCGGUCAUAUCAGCUACCGGCUGUUCCCCUACCAAUAGCAUUGCUAGUUUAAAUCCUUUUGACAAUACUGCCUACCCCGUUUUGUCAUCAUCGCCAUCAUCAUCAAAAGUUGCCAUGGAAAUUCAAUAUCAUCGGCAAGAACAUCAGCAGCCAUUAUUGGAUUUUAGUAAUGCUGCUGGUGCUGCUGUUGGCCAAAAAUCAUCAACAAAAAUAGGUCAUAGUUCUCAGCAUCACAACAACAGCAACAAUUGUUACCAUAGCAAUUGUCUAAUUGGCAACAAUAGUUAUGCCAUGCCCACAAGUUCAUCGGUUUUAAAGCAGCGUAAAUAUCCUGCAAACUGUAGUAGUUCAUCGCCAAAAUUACGCAAAUGUCCUUUGUCGCCGCUUUUAAUUAAUACCGCAAAUAAAAUGCCAUUACCGGCUGGUACUAACACUAUCAAAACACCAUCGACAACAACACCAUCACCACCCAUCACAACACCAUCAACGACUCAAUGUUCAACAGUAACGACAACACCAACAAAAACAACGACAACGGCAACGAUUCUAGCUGAAUUACAGUAUUCAAAUGAGGGAAAACAACAAUUUCCACUUAACACUGCUGCUGCCCCCACCAUUGUGGGUGGUAAUAGUAAUUCAUCUUCUGUAUGCUCCUCUGUGACUACGCCACUGUCACCCAAUAAUAAUAAUAACAAUAAUUGUUCUUUGUCAGUGCGUACAACAAAAACUACACGUUUACGUGCCGCCGCACUGGAUAAGAAAAAGGGCGAAUUAACUCAACAAAACCAGCAUCAACCUCAAUCACAAUAUUUUACCUCUCCAACAUCACCGAAUAAACAACGUUCGGCGGCAAUAUCCUCCGAUAAACCGACACCCAGUGGAUCUGAGGGCGAACAUAAUAAUCGGCAAAUGCCUAAUAGUUGUUCGCCAACAAAUCGCACCAAAAAAUUGGUACCAUCGAUGUCGGUGUCAGCGGUAAAGCAAAAUUUAAAUGAAUUGCACUGUACCGCUGCAACGAAAUCGACUAGCCCACGUUCGAAUGUCAAUUCACCGAAAUCACCUAAAAAUAAAUCGACCACCACCAACUCUGUUGAAUGUACAGUAAAGGUACCCACAUCACCGAAAUCACCACAAAAACAAAUAACAACUAUGAAUAAGUCAAGUGGUGCGGCGGCUAUGCCAACCUCACCCAAUCCUUUGGCUCACGAUGAUAUUGAUGUGGAUUUUAUGGAAAUUCAUGAUUUACCCAUAGAGGAUGAUGACGAUGAUAAUGGUCCCAUGAUACGUCCACGUUGUUCAACCAUGCAAAAUGAUGCCAAGGAAAAGAGAAGAUCAUCCUCGUCAAGUCUAUUGACAGCUAAUGAACCACCACCAGAACUAAGUCCGGUACAUAGGAGUAGAAAUUAUGAUCGUUCACCCCGCCGACCAGAGGAACGUGAUAAAUCAUCGAAACGUAAAUCAAAUUUGAAUCGUUCACAAACUGAUGAACCGAUUCAAGAUAGUGAUGAAACAGCUGCCCGACGACGCAAACGUCGUGAAUUGGGAAUGGCUCGAACUUUGGUGCCAUCGGAUGAUGCCGGUGCCGCAGUUAAGGAAUUGCUCACCUCUCCCUCUAAGACUCAGCCCAGCAACUCUCCUCCCAAACCCAGUUCGCGCAACGAUUUGUCCUAUCACAUGGAAUUGGCCCGAAGAGGCUUGGAUCAGGCUUCCAACGCCAAUGCCAUGGCAAAUCGACGUCGUGCUCAAACUGCAAGUCCCAAACAAGUUAAGGAAUCAUCAUCGCCACCCAGUAGCAGUAACAACAGUAAAACGGCUGGUCCUGUGUUGCAAAAAGUUAGUCGUCGCUGUGAUACAGUGGCCAUUGGAGAACUCCGCAAACAACGUACCGAUGAAGUCAAUCGCAAAUUGAACGAACGCACCCGCAGUGAUUUAGCGGAAAUUAUCAAAAUUGCUGAAAUUGCCAAUGAUUGCUCGGAAAGCGCGGCCAAACGUGAAUCCAGCUUUGAACCUCCAAAACUUUCACCCAUACUAAGGCGUAAAAGUACCGAUGAUCCCCUCAACAAUACCCCACAACAGUCGAAUAAUCAAAUUGUCUCCAUUCUCAAGAAGAAAGACCAUCUAUCGGCAUGUGAAUCCAGUUCAGCAUCAAGUAAUGCAUCCCCAGUCACAUUUUCGGCCACUGUCAUGGAUACUCCCUCAAAACAGAAACGGGCUGGAAUUCUUAAGAAACGUUCUUCCCUUGAUGAAUCACGUUACUAUUCACGUUCACAUUCACCCGAUGAGCGUAGCAUCUUCAUAAAGUCGGCUCGCCGUAAUUCUCUAGAAGAAACUGCAGCCAAUGGCAAUUGUUCCUUAACUCAGGGUCCUCAGGGCAUUCUAAAACAAAGCAGCUAUGAUAGCUUUAAAAGUGAUGGCUGCCCAUCGGCCAGUGGUGCCAUGGGUGGAGGAAGUUCUGGUGAAUCGCAACAUCCACACAGCAUACUCAAGAAGAAGGAUUCAACUUCCACACCCUCCGAUCUUGCUCAACAUGCCACCAAACAUGUGUCCAUAUCACAAGCUGUUAUUUUAGCUGCAGCAGAGCUGUCGGCAAAUGAACCGGGAGAAAAUGUCUCCUUUGGCGAGGAUGUCAGUUUUACACCCAGCAAUGAGGAGUAUGACAUAAAACCCAUACUCAAACUAGAAACCUCAACCAGUGACGAUGCAGUCAAACCACCAAAACCAAUACUAAAGAAAAAAUCCUCUGGCGAUUCGGAUGAACAUGAAAUCAAACCUAUACUCAAAACAUCUCGUAAAUCCAGCCGAGAGGAAUUUGAAUUUGAUCCAUUUUCGGAAAGUGAUGGUGAGCCAUUGGUUAAACCCAUACUCAAAACAGAUUCACCAUCGAAACGACGCUCUUUGGGACCCACCGAUGAUCCGGACACGGAACGUGACUCGGCAACCUCACCAUUUAUGCUUAAAAGACGUACACGUUCGUUGGAACGUCAAGAUCACACACCUGUGAUAGAUUUGGGCGCCGCGCUAAAUGCUAUUGCUACCUCACAAGAAAACACUGACGAUUUGGUGGCCAGUCUAACCUCGACGCCGGGUGCCAAUAUAUCGGUGGCCGAUCGUAUUAAAUCGAUGGAAAAGUUCCUUAACAAUCAAAGUAAUGCAACGCCAGCCAGUAGUAGUAAUUCGGCCAUAAAUACAUCAUGGGAAUCACCGUUACAAAAUGAUCCAAAUAAGUCGAUGGAUGUUGGUGGUGCCGGUGCCGCUGGCGGUAAUGUUACGGGUGCAGUGAAAAUAUUAAAGCCCAGUGUCAUACGUCGUGAUCUUCUUAAGGAUAGAUAUAAAACACAACCGGUGACCAGUGAUGAAAAGAAUUUCUUUAAAAGCAACGACUCUACAACAUUGUAUACCUCACCUGCCGGAUCAGCUUUCAAACCGGCCAAGUCGUUGGAAGGUCUUGGUUUUAUCAACAUUACCGCACACGGCAAUCAAUCGCCAAACGGACCACCAUCUGCUUUUGCCCUAACGCGUUCGUUUACACAACCGCUACAGCCGUUAAGGCAUUCGUUAAGUAACGCCAACACGGCCGUUGUAACUUCGUCCUCGACGCCACCACCCACUAUAUCGCAAACGUCGUCAACAUCCUAUAAAGCCUGCCCAUCAGGUCUAGUGACACGUAAAACGCCCAAUCGUAACGAUUCCAGCCCGACAACAACCGCAACAGCAAACAAUCAAUCCGAUUUAACACAUUCGUUUACCGGCGACUCGGGUCUAUCGUGUGACAGCAAUAGUGAACAGCGUAUUUUCGAAAUGUCUGGCCUAGAGCACGAUGUCGAUAUGAUUGAAAAUCAAGAACCAAAAACCCCAUUGAAUGCGGCCGAUGUGUCGUCGGGUUCAUCGUCGGGCAGUGGCAUUGUACGUACGAAUAGUGUACGUGCUCGUGCCAAUAUGUUCCAACAGCUGCAGGAGAAGACAAAUAACGGAGGCAAUACCACGAAUAAUGGCUUCAAUCGGGAAGAACGCACUUCGCCGAGAAGAGUACCGCGUCGUUUGUCACCUUCUCCAGCUGCCAACGCUGCCGAUGAACCACGUACACCCAAUAAUCCAACUGUGAAUCCGGAUGAAGAAAUCGAACCAUCUUCAUUGCCUGUUUCGGAACGUUUGAGAUUUUUCAGCAGUCUCAGUGAAUCACAUAAUCGUAAUUCAGGUUCCUAUACACGAAGUCCACCAUUGGGUUGUAUCGAACGUAGUGCAAGCCUAAGUUCGUACGGUGCGUACUUUAUGCCCACCACACCGCGCAGUAGUACCAGCCAAAGUAGUGCCAGUGUUACACCCACACCCAUGGAAUGUGUUGGCGUUGGUGGUGGAGGAUCCCAGCAGCAAUGGCCGGCCAUUUUAACAGAAUCACCGACAAUAUUGAAAAAGGAUUUGGCUGCCACUGACGGUCACGGUGGUGUGGUAGCGGUUCAAAAUUAUCAUCUGCAAAAGAAUGCCACCAUCCACGAUUUCAGUGAUUCGCGGGAGGUCAUAAAGGCGGAUAUAGUGAAAACCUCACCAUUUUUACAGGCGGCAAAACCGAUCAGUGCCACACCGGCCCAUUUAGCCAAUGCGGAUACCACGCCCACAUCCACGCUGACACCCACCAUGAAACGCAUCAAACUGAAAACCAUUGGCAAACUUAUGCUACCCACCACCUUCCUCAACAAUGAUCGCAACAACAACAACAAUCAAACGAAGGAGAGUAACGGUGGCGGCUCCUCCAACAGCUCCACAACGGCCAGUCUUAGUGAACAGAACAGCGUGGACAGCAGUGAUUCGUCGUCACAGCAGCCACCCAAGAAAAUCGGCAAAAUCAAAUCGCCCUUCAUCGAAAAUUGCAACCAGAUGCAGCAGAACAAGGUGCAGCUGAAUAGCAAGUGCAUGAAAUUCGAUUACCGCAAUCAUCAGAAUGGCACAGCCUUGUCAUCGGUGGAGAAUAGCAAUGAUCACCACAGCAACAAUGUGGUGAGCAAAUAUUUCAAUAACUCAGCACCAGGUCUAAGUAAUGGCCACAGUCAGGAAGAUUCCAAUACAGAUUCUGGCAAAGAGAACAUCGAUACCUCAUCCUCGGACUGUACAAAGGCCGAUGGCAGUUCUGGCAGCACCAUCAACAGCACCACCUGCAAAGCAACACCCAUUGUGGAGAUACGUCGCAAAUUCACACGCAAGGCCAACAGCAGCAAUACGCAAUCGCUGAGUACCAGUGCACCGAACACACGCACCCAACUAACGCCCAAAUCCGCAUCCUUUACCGGACCCCAUUCGUCCUCGCCACAAAUCGAUAGUAAAUAUGCCAAAUAUUUUGGUAUGUCGAACAGUAGUAGUAAAACGCCUACCACAGCACCGACAUUGCCCAUACAACCGCCACCAUCCGCAGCCUCUUCCAACAGCCAACAGCUUAACAAUAAAUCCGACCAGAGCAAUGGUUCGGGCAUUGAGAUACGUUUUAGUUCACCACCUGCCAACAACACCAACGAAGCCAUUAAUCACCAUGUUAAUCUAUGGCAAAGUCGUAGUGCUGGCGGUCCGGCCAGUCGAAGACUUAAGCGCAGCCUAACAGCCAACAUUGCCGAACUGAAACAAUUCGAAGAGAUUGUGGUCACCGACAGAGAACUGAAACAGGCAGCCAAAGAAUUCGAUAAUCUAUUGUGUGGUGAAUCGGUGCUCCAACAGCCGACCAUGGUGGUGGAAUUAGAGAAAAUCUUUUCGACGUCUUCAUCCGGUGCCUCAGCAUUCGAACCACCACGCGGCAUAUUAAAAUCUAAAUCAAGUGUUAUCGGUGGUGUGGGUCUAAUGCCCACGGCCCUGAGUAAUGAAUUGAAAAAUCGUUUGAAAUCUUCACAAAAUGCUACUGUCUCGAAUCUACGUAAAUCGGCUACGACCAGCGAUGCGGUACGCGAACUACAACCAACGUCAACGAACAUAUCAUCAACAUCGGGUGUAUUGCCAACGACAUCGACGGGCCAACAUGACGAUACGGUCAGUUUAGUUCGUAAUCUAACGAAUUUGGGUAAACCUCCCCAGCUGAGGGAUCCCAUGAAAAUGGAGCCGGAUAUUGCCUCCGCAUCAGAGGGUGAAAGUUCAGGUGGUCGUGAAGUAUCGGAAAUUAUUAAAAAUAGUGCUGUAGCACGUCGACGUAAAUUUAAUGAAGGAAAUUUCCUACCAAAAAGUAAAAGUCAUUCAUCGAUUGUUGUUCCCCCGCCGGGUGGUGUUGCCAUUGGUAUUGGCCCCCAAUUGCCUCCAUUGACGGGUGCUAUUAAACUACGACAUGUCGGUUCGACAAGUGAUGCAACAAAAUCUGAAUCUCUAAACGUAGCAUUACCACCACCGCCGCCGUCAUUGUACCAGCAGCAACAACAACUACCACAAUCAUCAUCGGCAUCAUCAUUGCCGCAUCAACAAGAACCGGAUCCAGAAUUACAAUCGAGACAACCGACAGCAUUGCCACCAUUUUUACAGGGUGGUCUCAGGCGUAGUGCAACACAAGUCAUGGGUCCCGAUCAACGCACAAUUACCAUCAACAAGACCGGCUCCAUAGCCGAUCGUCUAGCUGCACUGCAAAAGAGCGGUGAGGAUGACUGGAAACGACGCAUUUCGAAACGUGACGAAAUUGAUGAUAUCAAACGUGAAAAUUUCGUUAAUGAAUCCAUAUCAUUGGCACAUGAUCUCUCAGAUAAACCCUUACCACCAUCACCCUUCAUAAAAACAACAAUUGAGGGUGGCAAAGUAUCCGAUCGUUUGGGUAAAUUAAAAUCCUCUUCAGAAAGUUGGAAGACACGCGUGGAACAAUCGGAUGCCUCCAAAUUCACUGUCGCUGGUCGACUCCAAAAGAAAGCACAAUCACCGGUCGAAUUACAAUUUGAACGUUCAGCAAAUGCGGCGGCUAAAAAAUGUCCCCUACAUAUCAUACGCAGUGCCAAUCAACCUCUAUUGGGUUUGGCCAAAAGUCCUUCAAUGAUGACUUCGGGUAGUGCUCGUGUACCCGGUGUUGGUCAUCAUUUAGUUCAGCGUAGCCUUAGUAUUAAUGAAGGAAAUGUAAUUGCCGAACGUAGUUCAUCCAGCAAUUCGGAUAGUGAUAAUGACAAAGAUGGCAAAGAGAAGCGAAGCAACAUGACAAUUGGUGUUAGUUCUAGUCAGGGUAUGACUGGGACCGGAGGAGCACGUGUUGCCAUACCCAAAUUGGAUGAUGAAGAAACAUUUGAGAAAUUCUUUGCUUCGAAGAAAUCACCCACAACACCGGUCACGCCAGAAGAGGAGGGAAUUAAUAUUGAAGAUUUCGAUCAUAUUAAAUCGACACAAAGAUUGGCUGUCAAACGUAACAUACAACUGCCCAAAGGACGCCGAGCUGCCCGCAAUCCUCUACGUAAUUUGGCCUCACGCACAGAUCUCUCCUCCGAAUAUACUGAAGUAAAAUCCGGCAUAGCUGAAAGGGAAAUGCGCCGAAUUCGUGCUGAAUCAUAUGGUGGUAGGGUUAAUUUAGCCGCUGAAGCAAUUGCCGGUUUAGCAUCUGUUGAAGAUUUCAAAUCGGUUUCAUUGAAAUCUUCCUCAUUGCCACUGGUACAAAUGUGGGUACCCUAUAAACCGGUUAUGUUGCUGCAUGUCAAAGGUCGCACACAUGUACAAACACGCCUCGUUGAACCAUCAUAUCUCUCCCUGAAUCGUGGUGAUUGUUUCAUUUUAAUAAAUGGUCCCAAUUUAUACCGUUACGUUGGCUCCUAUGCCAAUAUCAUUGAAAUAUCACGCAGCAAGAAGAUCUGUGCCUACAUCGUGGAAAAUAAAGAUAUGGGCUGUACAGCCACCUCCGAGGUCAUACUCACCGAUGGUAAAUUCAUGAACGAACAUCAUUGGAAGAAAUUCUGGGACAUUUUGGGUAAACCCGAGGCCUAUAUUAUUCCCGACAGUGGUCAUGCCGAUGAAGAUGACUUGUUCGAAGCCAGCCUGAUUGAGACGAAUAAAGUUUACGAAUUCCAGGAUGAUUCCUUGGUGCCAUAUGAAAAAUAUUGGGGCUGCAUACCCAAGGUGGAAAUGUUGGAUACCAAAAAGGUGUUGGUAUUCGACUUCGGUUCUGAAAUGUACAUAUGGAAUGGUAAGAAUGCACCAUCAGACUCUAAGAGAGCUGCCCUCAAAUUGGCCCAGGAGCAUUAUGAAGACGCCAUGGUGGAUUAUUCCAAAUGCUAUGUAAAUCCCAUGCAGUAUGCCUCGAUUGUGGGAGCUCGUGACAAUUACAGUUUCCCCAAACGUUGUGAGAAGCGUGGUGAUUGGUGUAUUUUGGGUAAAAUUACACAAAACAUGGAAACUGCGUUGUUCAAGGAGAAAUUUGCUGACUGGCCGGAGGUGGAGAGAGGAGAUUUGGAAAAAGACUAUUUGGUGAACAGUGUGAAUUCUGUAAAACCCUUAGAUGGCAAUGCCCUCUUCAAGGGCAACCCCUAUGAAGAACCCAAUCUCAUUUUGGAACAGGCCAAUUUGGGCCGUGGCAACUUUUACUAUGACACCAAUAGCAUGCGUCACUUCGAAAUCAUUUCCAAAUCCUGUGACAAAUGGCAAAUCAAUGAAUUCAAUUUCGAUAAAGUGGACCAGGAAAGUUAUGGCCACUUUUAUACAGCUGAAAGUUACAUUGUCAAAUGGAUCUAUCAAAUCAAUGUUACCGUUCGAGAACUUUCCGGACGUAUUUCAAAUCGUAGUACUGUCGGCCGAGAUCGUUGUGUCUACUUCACAUGGCAAGGUAGUGAAGCAUCAGCCAACGAAAAAGGUGCUGCUGCCCUGCUCACCGUAGAAUUGGACAAGGAAAAGGGUGCCCAAAUGCGUGUAGCCCAGGGCGAUGAAACCACCGUGUUUAUACGCCUGUUUGGUGUAAUGUGUCAGCACAAGGGACGCCGGGAAGAAAGUUUGUCUCGUCGCAGCCAAUGGCGUCUCUAUCAAGUAAUCGGCAAUGAUCCCGAAGAGACUCUACUCAAAGAAGUUGAUUGUCAUGGCAAACAGUUGCGCUCUCGUGCUUCCAUGCUCCUGAUUCACGGUGAAAAGGGUAUUAUUUAUGUAUGGCAUGGUUGCCAAUCUGCUGCCCAUACUCGUGAUGUGUGCCUUAAGGCUGCCGAAAAACUGAAAGACUUGAAACCCAAAGAUUUAUUUGAAUGCGAUAGUGUAGUCAUUGAAGUAAUGGAGGAAACCAAAGAACUUCAAGAUUUCAAAGAAAGUCUCAAUGGCGACUUUACACAACCAGCCCGAUUAUAUGGUAGUCUUUGUGAUGAGAAGUCGAAAGGGUUUAACUACACGCCACGUCUCUUCCAUUUCUCAAGUACUCAGGGCGGGGUAUUCAGUGCCACCGAAAUACAGUCGCCCUUGAGAUGUAAAGAUCUUAUAACGCCAUAUCCCUUCAGUCAAGCACAAUUGUAUAAUGCCCGACAGCCGACUAUUUUUAUGUUGGAUGAUGGUGAUUCGUUGUGGCUUUGGAUGGGCUGGUGGCCAUUGGAGGAUAUUAAAAUAAAUACUGAUGAACGCAGCAGCCCCACAAAUGAAAAUCGUGCUGGUGUCAAUCGUUGGAUUUCCGAGCGUCGAGCUGCUCUAGAAACGGCUGUAUCAUAUUGGAAAGCGAAAUUUGGUGAAAACAAUGAAAAACAAUUCCAUGGCAUUAAAGGUUAUGUCGUGUGGGCAGGUUUGGAGCCAAUUGCAUUCAAGGCUUUAUUCCCCGAGUGGAGUGAUAGAGAUGAUAUUAAGGAUAUUAAUUUACAAGAUGGUCGCACCGAUGAACCCCUACCCAUAGCCGAUGUUUUGGAACAACUCUCACAAACCGAAUAUCCUUUAGAGGUGCUAAAAGCACGUCCCUUACCCGAAGGUGUUGAUCCAACACGCUUGGAAUUGUAUUUGAAUGCGGACGAUUUUGGAAAAGCCUUGGGUCUGCAACGUAGUGAAUUCGAACAAAUGCCAUUGUGGAAACAAACAAAUCUUAAAAAAGAGCGGGGACUAUUUUAAAACU